AUGAUAUUGGAAUGUAUCACUAUAACAAUCUUUGUGUUCUUCAAACAUGCCAACAGUCAAUCUCACUGUGUUGGCACCUGCUAUUCUGGAAGACUUUUCCCAGAGCCCCAAGACAUCUUCCAUGGAAAACAUCUCAAGGGAUACUCCUACAACAACAUCACCACUGAUGAUCCAGUCAAGUGCUACUCAUCUUGUGUCCAAGAUUGUCGUUGUAAGGCGUGUCAAAUGAAAGAUGCAAGAUGUGAGUUGCUGGAUGAGGACAAGACUUCCAAAACCUUAACAGAUGAGCUAGGAUACGUGUACUUUGAUCUGAAGCAGACAAUGUACAAAGGGCACCGACCCCCGAUGGUCUCUCAAGGUUGUUAUAAUGGCUGCUGUCGAUCUCAGCCCUGUAUGAACGGAGGGACAUGCGUAGAGCAUUGUAACUCACCCAAAAAUAAAUUUACCUGCAUUUGCCAGAAAUGGCAUCACGGGAAAAUAUGCGAAAAGACAAUUUCAUCGUGCAUGGAUGUCAGGAGUGCUUCAUCAAUGAUUCCUAAGGAUGGUGUGUACGAGCUCAAACGUUUCGACAAUCGAGCCAUCAUUCCAGUUUACUGUGCUUUUCAGGAUGAUCCAAGGCAGGCUUGGACUCUUAUUGAGUCCUUUUCCAGGAAUCAAAGCUUAUUUAAAGGAACACCUUUUUACAUAGGUAACACCCAGAAUAGAAAUUUACCACCAAGCUGGGACCUAUUCAGGUUAGGUUUACUCAGAGUGCAGUAUUUCCGUCGCAGGUCCACCUUGUUCAGAGCAACAUGCGAUUUCCCAAACAGAAUGUCAUUGACACCUGACCUUCUGAUUGGUAGGUUGAGUGACGUGGACAUUAUAAACGAAAAAGACAUUGCAGGAUGUAGAAGGUACAAGUUUAUUGACAUAAGGGGACACAACUGUACGAAUUGCACAGCUAAUACACGUCACGGAACAUCAUUUUCGUGGCACUUUCAUCUUGAUAUUACUCAUCAAGGAGAUGGUUGCGAUUUCCAUCCACCAGUCACUGUACAAGAUGCUGAUAAUUUUGGAUUUUAUGAUGAUAUUGAUGGAGCAUCGAAAUGCACUGCAACACCCCAGUCUACCACACAGUGGUGGUUAGGAGAAGAGAAAUAAUCAAAAUACACUGCAACACCCCCAGUCUACCACACAGUGGUUAGGAGAAGAGAAAUAAUGAAAACACACUGCAACACCCCAAUCUACCACACAGUGGUGGUUAGGAGAGGAGAAAUAAUGAAAAUACACUGCAACACCCCAGUCUACCACACAGUGUUUAGGAGGAGAAUCAAAACACAUUUGAGAUCAAAAAAACUGCAGUGGUUUGUGUGCUUUCAAAAGCAGCAAUGUCGAAAAACAAAAAGGAAACAUAAUGCUUAGAAAGUAAAGUUUCACUGUUUUGGACUGUUUUCACGCUAUCAAAACUCACUUUUCAGAACUAGAUUGCCUCUAUCACAUGGAUGUGUAAGUGAUGUAAUUUAUAUAACAGAAUACACCAUUAGUUCAAUACUUUUUCUGUGUUUAAUCGCCAUUGUUUUGAGAACAUUUGAUAAAUAGUAUAUGAUUGAAUCAUAUGAUAUCAUGAUGUAUAU